AUGACGAGGCCCAAGAAACAGUGGAGUAGUAGGUGGGAGCUGCACUAUGAGACUAUCUAUCACAGGGCCAAUGAGCGGGUCUGCCCCACUCGCAGUUACAUCCCAAGCCAACAAUUGGCCGACGCCCCCAAAAAAUUCCAUAUCGCAGCAUCAGUGCUGCCCCAGCCUCGCGCCAUCAAUGAGUUUCGAUCCCAUCCAUCUCUAGCCAGGAAAAAGAACACUACUUCUUCGGGGUCGACCUUUCAGCAGCAAUCCACCGACCCUGCUACCCGACGACGGCUGCGAUUCUGCCAAGAUCUUGGGUACUCUGGACCCGGCAGAGGAGCCAAUAUGCCGUUAGAAGAGCAGCGAUGUCUGCAGGAAGAUCUCGAGCGGCUCGAGCAGGGCAUCGCGGAUCGCAUGAGCGACGAGCCAAAGCUGGUCAGUGGCAUCCGUCUGGGUAUUAGAGACCGCUUGAACCGUGACCACGAAGUCUCACAGCUCCUCGAUCAAAUCCAGAGACAGUCGGCAGAUCUGCUCUCCAUCUAUCGUGACGCCAACGGCGACCGCUCGAGGGAGAUUCAGCAAAUAGGCUCGGGUGACCCUUUUGAAGAAUUCUAUAAGCAGGUCAACAACAUCAAGGAACAUCACGUCAGGUACCCGAACGAGCAGGCCGAGAACUCAGAGAUUCGCUACCGGAUCAAGCGGCCUGGCGAUGGCUCCGAGCCCCAACCAUACCUGGUGGACUCGAUGUUCUCAGGCGAGGAGGCAUUCGGGCGGUUCUUUGAUCUACACACGAGCCACGAGUCUUACAUCAACCUGCCCAAUGUGAAACGCAUAGCGUACCUGCAGUAUCUCGAGAUCUUUGACAACUUUGCGCCCGGCAUGGGGGGGUUGAAGCGGGCAGAGAAGCUGACAGACCAGUACUUCAAAUACAUCGGCGACCUGGCUCAGUACCUAGAGUCAUUCAUGAUGAGGACCCGGCCUCUUGAGAACCUCCCCAAGGUCUUCGCCACGUGGGACAAGGAAUUCGAGCAGGCAUGGGAGCAGGGCGAGCUGCCGUUGUGGCAAAAGGAAGACAAUACGUCGGGGCCGAACGCGAGCACACAGCAGCUCAGCUCGGCAGACGCGGUAUGGUGUGACGACUGUGAGAAGGAAUUCAAGAACGACAAUGUGUACAAGGGCCAUUUAUCCGGCCGCAAGCACAUCAAGGCGGCAGAGCAGCGGGCACAGCGUGUCAAGGACUCCUCGGGCGGUGCAAACGGCUCUGCUGGAGGACUGCGGGGCACUUCGGCCUUGCGCUUGAAGGAGCGAGCAGUGGCGGAGCGGGAAUAUCGAAUCAAGCGAUUGACCAGCGCGAUGAGCACCGAGAGAGAGGACACGAGGGUCAACGUCGAGAGGAGGCAAGGCAUGACGGAGAGAGAGCGCCAGCAGGAGCUUGAGAAUCUCUUCAGCAUGACCAACGAGACGCCGCAGACCGUCGACGCCGACGACGCCGAGGCGGACGAUGGUGAGGAGAAGAUCUACAAUCCGCUCAAGCUACCGCUCGCGUGGGACGGCAAACCCAUCCCCUUCUGGCUAUACCGUCUUCAUGGCCUAGGCGUCGAGUUUCCUUGUGAGGUCUGCGGAAACUUUGUUUACAUGGGCCGGCGGGCCUUUGAGAAGCACUUCAAUGAGGCCAGGCAUAUCUAUGGUCUGAAAUGCCUCGGCAUCACCAACACCGGGCUCUUUCGGGACAUCACCAGUAUCGAGGAGGCAUUACGUUUGUGGGAAAAGAUCCAACGAGACAAGAAGAGAAAUAGGAUUGACGACGGCACGGUCGUGCAAAUGGAGGACGCCGAGGGUAAUGUCAUGCCCGAAAAGGUGUAUUACGAUUUGCAAAAGCAAGGCCUACUCUAG